AUGGGGGGCGGGAGCCUCUCCAAGCAGGACUGGACCAUCCAGUGGCCGAGCACGGAGCCGGGCAAGGAGAACAGCCCCGGCUGCCCCGCGGAGCCGGGACCCUGGGGCAGGACGCACCCGAGCCCCAAGCUCCAGCCCAAGUGCGGGCAGCACCACUGCCACGCCGGCUCGUCCCACGGCGCCAUGUACACGCACGUGGACCGCCUGACCGUGGAGGGCCACCCGGGGCUGUGUCCCCCGCUGGAGUCCGGCCACCGCUCCCUGCCGCCGUCGCCCCGGCAGCGGCACGCCGCGCACACCCCCCCGCGCACCCCCAACAUCGUCACCACCAUGACGCCGCCGGGGACCCCGCCCGUGCGCCGCAGGAACAAACUGAAGCCCCCCGGGACGCCCCCGCCCUCGUCGCGGAAGCUGAUCCACCUCAUCCCGGGGUUCACGGCGCUGCACCGGAGCAAAUCCCACGAGUUCCAGCUGGGCCACCGCGUGGAUGAGGCGCACACCCCCAAGGUCAAGAAGAAGAACAAGCCCCUGAACCUCAAGAUCCACAACAGCGUGGGGAGCUGUGAGAACAUCCCGGCCCAGCGCUCCCCUCUCCUCUCCGAGCGCUCCCUGCGCUCCUUCUUCGUGGGCUACCCGCCCUUCCUGCCCUCCACCCCGCCCGUGCACACCGAAGCCACCUUCUCAGCAAAUACGCUGUCAGUGCCUCGCUGGUCCCCGCAGAUCCCUCGGCGGGAUUUAGGAAACUCCAUAAAACACAGGUUUUCCACCAAGUACUGGAUGUCUCAGACCUGCACCGUCUGCGGGAAGGGAAUGUUGUUCGGCUUAAAAUGCAAAAACUGCAAGCUCAAGUGCCACAACAAAUGCACCAAAGAGGCCCCCCCGUGUCACCUGCUGAUCAUCCACCGCGGAGGGAGACGAGCCGGUCGGGGCGAGGCAGAUUUGCAUUGCAAACCACUUCCACCCACCCUCCCCCUGCCUCCUUUUCUUUUCAGAUUCCCCACCGCACGGGCGAGGUUAGUCCGGACAGAGUCGGUGCCCUGCGACAUCAACAACCCCCUGAGGAAGCCCCCGCGGUAUUCGGACCUGCACGUCAGCCAAACGCUCCCCAAAACCAACAAACUCAACAAGGACCACAUUCCGGUGCCCUACCAGCCAGAUUCCAGCAGCAACCCCUCGUCCACCACGUCGUCCACGCCGUCCUCGCCGGCGCCGCCGCUGCCCCCCAGCGCCACGCCGCCCUCCCCGCUGCACCCGUCCCCGCAGUGCCCGCGCCAGCAGAAGCAGUUCAACCUGCCAGCCUCCCAUUACUACAAGUACAAGCAGCAGUUCAUUUUCCCAGAUGUGGUGCCUGAGACGCCGACCCGAGCCCCGCAAGUCGUCCUGCACCCCGUCACCUCCAACCCCAUCCUGGAAGGAAACCCAUUGCUUCAAAUUGAAGUGGAGCCCACCUCGGAGAACGAGGAAGGCGCCGAGGAGGUGCAGGAGUCCGAGGACGACUUCGAGGAGAUGAACCUCUCGCUGCUCUCCGCGCGCAACUUCCCGCGCAAGGCCAGCCAGACCAGCAUCUUCCUGCAGGAGUGGGACAUCCCCUUCGAGCAGCUGGAGAUCGGGGAGCUCAUCGGCAAGGGCCGCUUCGGGCAGGUGUUCCACGGGCGCUGGCACGGGGAGGUGGCCAUCCGCCUCAUCGACAUCGAGCGCGACAACGAGGACCAGCUGAAGGCCUUCAAGAGGGAGGUCAUGGCCUACCGGCAGACCCGGCACGAGAACGUGGUGCUCUUCAUGGGGGCCUGCAUGAGCCCUCCUCACCUCGCCAUCAUCACCAGCCUGUGUAAAGGACGGACUCUCUACUCCGUGGUGAGGGACGCCAAGAUUGUCCUGGAUGUCAACAAGACGAGGCAGAUAGCACAAGAAAUUGUGAAGGGAAUGGGAUACCUGCAUGCCAAGGGCAUCCUCCACAAGGAUCUCAAAUCCAAGAAUGUCUUCUACGACAACGGGAAGGUGGUGAUCACCGACUUCGGGCUCUUCAGCAUCUCCGGGGUUCUCCAAGCGGGCAGGAGGGAGAACAAGCUGCGCAUCCAGAACGGCUGGCUGUGCCACCUGGCUCCCGAGAUCAUCCGGCAGCUCUCUCCCGACACCGAGGAGGACAAGCUGCCCUUCUCCAAGCACUCGGAUGUCUUUGCACUGGGCACCAUCUGGUACGAGCUGCACGCCCGGGAAUGGCCCUUCAAGACGCAGCCAGCGGAGGCAAUCAUCUGGCAGGUGGGAAGAGGGAUGAAGCCCAACCUCAGCCAGAUCGGGAUGGGCAAGGAGAUCUCGGACAUCCUCCUGUUCUGCUGGGCCUACGAGCAGGAGGAGAGGCCCACCUUCACCAAGCUCAUGGACAUGCUGGAGAAACUGCCAAAGCGCAACCGCCGCCUUUCCCACCCGGGGCACUUCUGGAAGUCGGCAGAGCUGUGACGGGAGGAGUUAUGGGACGGUGCCUUCCUCCCCAGCGGGUCUCCUCUUCCUCUCCGCUUCCCACCCUGCGCUACGGAGGAGCAGCGGGGCCGACAGCGGGCCGGGACCGGGAUCUUCCCCGCGGCGUUUCUUCAUCCCGGGAAUCCUCUCGGCGCGGGCGGAGGAGCCGGAGCGGCGCCGGGAGCGCCCGGCUGCGGUGGGAUGGGGACAGCGGGCGGCUCUCCGCGCACAGGCUCUGGGGACAGAGCCCCCGAGCAGGGGUGACCCACGGGACGAUGACUGCAGUUUAUCCCCGGGGCUCCUCUGAUCCCGAUCCAGUGCUCACGACGAUGCUCGCCUGGGGAGGGCUUGUUCUCGGUUCUCUGUGGGUUUCUUUAAUUCCCUUUAUUUAUUUCUUUGCGGUUUUGUCAUGGAAAAAGGGGGAAUGUCGCUGAUUCAUGAGUUUAUCCCCGGAUCCUGCGGGGCCAGGGAGUGCCACUGCCAUUAGCUGCCCCCCGCGGGGAAAUGCAUCUGUCCCGCUGCCCCCGCGCCCCCGCAGCCCCUCCGUGGGCAGCCUGACCUUUCACAAGUGGCUUCUCUCCCUCCCAGCCGCGGCCACUUACGUGUCCCCCCGCGGGUCUCCCUGCCAGCGGGACACCUCUCCGCAUUCCCUUUAAUUUCUCCGCUUUUCCCGGGUGUGUGCCAUCAGCCAGCCCUGCCCCCUGCUCGCCAUCCCUGCCCUGCUCCUGGCUUUGCUCCUCGCUGCCCAAACCCCGGCUUUGGGGGUGCUCUGGGGCUGGGCACAGCAGGGCGGCUGGAAUUGGGAUCCAUCCCCUCUCCCGUGGCCUUCCCGCGCUCAUUCCUUCAGCUGGGAAUGCAGACAGGCUCUGGUUGUACAGAGCAGCUCCCAGCCCCGCUCUGGGACAUCUCAGCCAUGCCCAGGACCAUUUUCCCCCGUGCUCAUCUCCCAUCAGCCAAAUCCCAGAGUUUCCCAAAAAAAUUCUCUCUGGGAACUGCUGUUGCCACCUGAAUUCCACGUGCUGGUAUUUCCCUCUCCCCCCCAGCUUGGAUGGGCCCUCCAGCCCCUCGGAUGAGCUGUCAGAUGAGAGCAAAUUGCAUUCCCAGGCUCUCAUGGAGCAUAAUUGUUUGACAGGAACCAUCCCGGAUAAUUCAAUUGUAGUCUCAGUUCGCUUUAAUUUGGAGCCGUGACGAGGCUUUGCAAACCCAGCCAGCCCUGGUUUGUCUGGCUGCUGCUCCAGCUCCUCCUCGCUGGUGUUGGGAGUGCUUUAGCAUAAGUAAAUGAAGAUUAGAAACUUAAUUGCAGCUGGGAUGAGAUGGGAUUUUAAUUGUGGGGGUAUUAAAAUCCCCACGCGUGCAAGUGUGAAAAUUCCAAGGUGGGCAGGAGCAGGGAGGGGUGGAUCCAGCCCCCAAAAGGAUCUGGAGGAGUCUCCUGCUGAUGUUUUUGGGAUGGGAGGCAGUGCAGGGAGCUGGAAUGGGGCAGGAUGGCUUUUGGGGCUGAGGCUGAGUGGGCUGGGCGGGCUGAGCCCUCGUUUGGGUGAAUUGCUCCCUCCUCCAGCAGCACAAUCGGGGCUCCCUGAGUCAGGGCUCAUCCCACCUUCUCCUCCCAGCUCCUCCCUGCCUUUCACCCCAGCCCAGCCCGCAGCACCCAUGGCCUGUGCUGUCCCUGCUCCCCCCAGGUGUCCCUGUUCCCCUGAGGUGUCCCUGCUCCCCCCUGGUGUCCCCAGCUGUCCCUCUGCACACACGUGCCACAAACCUUGCACUGAAACCUCGGGGUCUCUCUGAGAGAGAUGCCUCAAUGCCUUCACCUGUGCUGCUCCCGGCCUCUGGGGCAGGCACCAAAUCCCCUCCCCAGAGGUUUUGGGUGCUGGGGGGACACGGGGAGGUGUCACCGAUCCCCAAACCCCACGCAGAGGGAGCGGGGUCCUGCUGGUUCUGUGGGUUUGGGUUCUGAGCAGGUGUGGAUUCCCAGGUGAGCAGGAGACAGGGAAAGGUGUUGGGAGGAGGAAGAAGGUGACACCAGGGUGGUGCUCAUCACCAGGGUGAUGGAUAUUGUGUGGAUCUGUGGUGGAAGGGACGAGGUCUCUCUUGGGGUUGUCAUGGGUUUGCUCCCUGUGUCGCAAGGCCUGGCCUGGCAGGUCUCACCCUGAUGUCCCCCGUGGGGUCUCGCAGCUGCUGGCAGAUCCCUGGUGGAUUUUGUGGCCAGGAGUCGAGGGAACAAUGAACUGAGGGCUGCUGGGUGUUGGGUGGGUUCCCCUGUGGUGUCAGGGCCUCACUGGGCUGCAGCCUCAGCCACAGAACCAUGGAAUGGGUCGGGUGGGAAGGGACCUCAAAGCCCAUCCCAUCCCCCCCCUGCCAUGGCAGGGACACCUCCCACUGUGCCAGGCUGCCCCAAA